UGCUCGGGUUGUUCGGGUUGUUCAUGCUGUUCAGGUUGGCUUGCACAGGUGCUGUCAAAGGGCAGCGUCAAGGACUCGGCUGUCGGUGCCACAGUUGGCUCGAUCAGUGGUCCGUCGAUGGAUGCAGGCACAGAAUCGUCGGGAUCGUCGGAAUGGGUGUUGGAUGCAGGACCAAUCGGGUCGCCAUGGGACUGCAAGACACCAUGGUCAUCAUGGGACUGCAGAGCUUGAGGAUUGUCAUGGCUCAGGAAGAAUGCAAAGUCGCCUGGCAUGAAAGUCUCGGCUGUGACACUUGUGCCAUCCGAUUUGCGAGCGAGCCGAUCGCCAGGCAGUAUCUGGGAGCAAGGGAUAUCAUCGGCGUCGUUGUCGUUGCUGCUCGAGGGUGGCUGUCGGUGACUCACUUCAUCGACAUCCAUCAUGUCCAAGUCCGAGUCCGAGUCCGGUGCCUGUGUCGGGGUUGCAGGAGACUCGGGUGUUGGCAAAAGUGUGGCCACAUCCUCCGGGGUCGACGAAACAGGAUGGUUCUGUUUGCAGGGGGAGCAGGCGGUGUCGGGGUUGUUCAGGCUGAAGCCCUGUUCGCCCAUGAGGAUCUCGGUGCGAUGAACAUGGUCAAAGAACUCAGUCCACGAGACAUUGGGCGGUGUCUGGUCAUUUGCAGGCGACAUGGGCUGGUCAUGGGCUGACGAGGCAG